CCGUGCGGACGACUUCGAGUUCCCAGUACAAAGCCCAAAAGGCCACGUUAGUUCUUCUAGUGUAAAAGAAAACUUUCGGCCGAACGAGGGAAAAGGCACUAAUUGUUUGGAAUCAUUGCCAUCAACAUCAUCAUUUGUUCAUUGUUUGUUUAUACAAAACUUAUUUUCAAUCCAAAUAUUUGCCGUGUUUUCAAUUUUUCAUGUGAGAAUAACAAAAUCGGAAAUAAAAGAGAAUAUCGCAAAAAAUAAGUCAAUUUCUGGGCCUCUGAUAAGAUUAAGAAGUUUAGUUGGUAAACAAACACAAAAACCCGAUCACUUCUAUUUCGCGAUCGUCGGACUUGCUGAAGGUUGAAUUUCGUCACUGAGGUGCUUGGUGUUAUCAGAAUCGAUGGCGUUACCCCGUCCAUCAAUAUAUUAAAGAGUUUGGUAAAAAUGCUGAAUGGAACCAGUGUCGUCGCUAUUCGAGGAGUUUCACUUGCAAUCGUGUUUUGUUGGCCACAUAAAGGCAAAACAAAGAAAAUUCCACUGGCGAACUUCAGGCCAUCAAAUUAACACAUCAAUGCCAUUCAAAGUAGUUUGGGUACUGCUCUUUGCUAGUAUGCAAACUUUGGUGGGUGGAGUUGAUGACCGCAAUUCCACUUUGUCACUAUGUUGUCCUUCCAUCAACACGAAGCUGGCCAAGAUUUCGAAAGGCCCUCUGCGAUCACCUUCCUUUGCCUGUGUGCCGCAAAUUUCUAAUGAGGAUACAACUCAAACUGUUUCAUAUGAAAGCGAAACAGACUCUUUGCACCAUGUUUACCCAGUGUAUGGAUUAGGCGUAGGCGAGGUUCAGGACACCAACUCAAAUAUUCUUGCCCAAUGCGAAAAUCAAAUACUGCAAAGAUUCCCCAGAAAGGAAAGUAUUAAAAUUCCCUUUGAUGCCUGUGUAAUGGGCACUGAAGAUGAAAUCAUUUCGAUUUCCUGCCCUCAAGAUAUUAAGUCGACGCGAAAGAUCUCCUUUGGGCAUAAAUGUUGCCCCCACAACUACAUUUACGACAGCAACCAACACAAGUGCGUGCUUAACCCUUUAGGGGUAUCCAAUUUCCAUUUGUAUCAGCCAUUCUUUAAGACUGCCGCGGUUUUCAAUGACAAUCCGAUUGAUUGUGCCCGGGACAAAGUCCUUGUCGAAUAUAAAGUUAACCAGUAUAAGAUCUCCCUCAUAAAUGGUCGUCUAUAUUUGCGGCCAUUGAAUAAAGUUUUUGAAUCGAAUCAGUAUUGCAUCGAGGCCAUAGACAAUAUCGGCUCUUCCCCAUCACUGUCGGAGCAGGAAUUUUUGGUGAGGACCUGUGACGACGUUUCCACCACCUGCCGCCGUAUGCCCUGCAUCCGACGUUGUUGCAACGAUGGAGAAAUGUUUAGUAAGGGCAAUGCCACUUCUUACUGCAGGCGAGACGAGUCGGAUACGACAUAUCAUAGCUUUGAGAGUCUGGAAAUUAGUGGCAAUUUUACUAAACCACCAGUAUUUGGCGUACUCCGCAGUUUGGAUUGUAGCAAAUAUCGCCUGGAUCCCGACGCUUAUGCAGAUGAAGCCCAUACCAUUAGCGAACGGGACGGCUCGCUCUUUGUGGCGGCCACAAGGAAACACUAUACCAACAAUCAGUAUUGUGUCGAAAAGAUACGCAAUGCGACAUGGGCAGACCAAAAGUUGUACACAUUUCUUUGCUUCGAUACGAAAGUUGUCGGGAAUGACCGGAUACGCUUCAAGCUCUACACCAUUGGUCUACUGAUUUCCUGUUCGUUCUAUGCGGCAACAUUGGUGGUGUACUUAUCGAUAUCACGGCUGAGAAAUCUGCCAGGAAAAAUAUUGAUUUGUCUUGUCAGUAGUCUUUUUACGGCUUAUCUAGGAAUAGCGUUGGGUCAGUUAAUGCCAACUCCAAACGAAACCAUUUGCUUUGCAUCAGGUUUUUUCAUAUAUUUUUGCCUGAUGGCCGCUUUCUCCUGGAUGAAUGUUACCUGUUUUGAUAUUUGGCAGACUUUUGGUUCAGCAAAAAAGAAACACCAUACAUUUAAAAGUAGUCAAAACAAACGAUUUUUGUGGUACUCGCUCUACGGAUGGGGUCUGCCGACGGCCAUUACAGUUAUCACAGUAACUUUGACGAAAUCUGAUGUCUUAAGCGAUAAUAUUCGACCCAACUUCGGACACGGCCGAUGCUGGUUUACAUAUGAUUCAGCGGGAUCGGCUAAUUUGUUAUUUUUCUCGGGGCCCGUGGGCAUACUCUUUCUAAUCAACCUCAUCCUAUUUAUACUAACUUUACGCUAUUGCAACCGGGUGAAACGCGAAAUCUUCCGCAUGCAGAGUUCCAAUGCUGAGAAACCGAUUAUGCGCAGGCGUUUUUUCGUCGAUAAGGCCCGCUUUGCGAUGAAUACGAAAUUGUUUGUGGUUAUGGGAAUUACUUGGUUCCUCGAAUUGCUUAGUAUAAUCUUUUAUGAUCAUAAGAAGAUAUUCUUUUGGGCCAUAAGCGAUUCCUUCAAUGUGCUGCUGGGUGUUUCCGUCUUCUUCAUAUUCGUUUUUAAGAAACGCGUGUGGCACUCCGUGCUGGAGAAAAUUGGACUUCGGCCCGCUGGCUCCAUGAAAAAUGUCCAGACUGGAACAAUGUCAACCUACACGCAUAACAAUAUUUCUAUGAAUCGUCUCAACGCCAUCGAUGGCAAUGCAUCGCUUUUAAGCCCUAAUGCUGCACGCCGUGUCCCCACCAUUUGAAUGCUCCUCUGUUUGUAACUGUUUUGUAUAUAUUUUGCCCCUUAUUCGCUGGUAUUAAAAAAUAACUUUCCCAUUUGUAUCGCUAUAAGUUCAAAUUCAUGACAUUUGCAUUAAUUUAUUAUCUUUAGUUACAAAUUGUCUCAUUACCCCAAAGGCAUCCCAUAUAAAUAAUUACAGAAAGUCAGCUCCUAACGGAUUUUAUGCCCACUACAAUCUCGAUAAUUACUGCUUUUGCAUUUACUUUUAUAAGCU